GGAUGGGAGCUGCUGGUGGGCAGGACUUCUCCUUCGGGGUGAUGCUGAUGAUCAGUGGGCUCAUCCUGGCCCACGUUCCUGGGGCCACAUCCACAGUGGCAACCGAGUGUCCUGACCAGAGCCCUGAGCUGCAGCCCUGGAACCCUGGCCAUGACAAGGACCACUAUGUGUACAUCGGCCAGAGCAGAACACUGCUGCUCACCUCUUCCGCCACGGUCCACUCCAUCCACAUCUCAGAGGGAGGAAAGCUAGUCAUUAAAGAUCAUGAUGAGACAAUCGUUUUGCGCACCCGGCACAUCUUGAUUGACAACGGAGGAGAGCUGCAUGCUGGGAGUGCCCUCUGCCCUUUCCAGGGCAAUUUCAGCAUCGUUUUGUACGGAAGGGCUGAUGAAGGUGUUCAGCCGGACCCUUACUAUGGCCUGAAGUACAUUGGAGUCGGCAAAGGAGGCACCCUUGAGCUGCAUGGACGGAAAAAGCUCUCCUGGACGUUUCUGAACAAGACUCUUCACCCAGGUGGCAUGGAGGAGGGAGGCUAUUUUUUUGAAAGGAGCUGGGGUCACCGUGGAGUCAUUGUUCAUGUCAUCGACCCCAAAUCAGGGACAGUCAUCCAUUCUGACCGGUUUGACACCUAUAGAUCCAAGAAGGAGAGUGAACGUCUGGUCCAGUAUUUGAAUGCAGUACCCGACGGCAGGAUCCUUUCUGUUGCGGUGAAUGAUGAAGGAUCUCGAAACUUGGAUGACGUGGCCAGGAAGGCGAUGACCAGACUGGGCAGCAAGCACUUCUUACACCUUGGAUUCAGACACCCUUGGAGUUUUGUAACCGUGAAAGGAAAUCCCUCGUCUUCCGUUGAAGACCAUAUUGAAUAUCACGGACACCGCGGCUCUGCAGCUGCCCGCGUAUUCAAACUGUUCCGGUCAGAGCAUGGCGAGCUUUUCAAUGUUUCUUCAUCUAGCGAGUGGGUUCAAGACGUGGAGUGGACAGAGUGGUUCAAACAUGAUAAAGUGCCGCAGACUAAAGGUGGGGAGAAAAUUUCAGACGUCCGGGCUGCUCACCCAGGAAAAAUCUGCAACCGCCCCAUUGAUAUACAGGCCAUGACAGUGGAUGGAGUUAACCUCACCACCGAGGUUGUCUACAAAAGAGGCCAGGAUUAUAGGUUUGUGUGCUACGACCGGGGCCGAGCCUGCCGGGGCUACCGUGUGCGGUUCCUUUGUGGGAAGCCUGUGAGGCCCAGACUCACUGUCACCAUCGACACCAACGUGAACAGCACCAUCCUGAAUCUGGAAGACAACGUACAGUCAUGGAAGCCUGGGGACACCUUGGUGGUCGCCAGUACUGAUUACUCCAUGUACCAGGCGGAAGAGUUCCAGGUGCUUCCCUGCAAAGCCUGUGCCUCCAACCAGGUCAGAGUAGCAGGGAAACCAGUGUACCUGCACAUCGGGGAGGAGAUAGAUGGCGUGGACAUGCGAGCCGAGGUCGGGCUCCUGAGCCGGAACAUUGUGGUGAUGGGGGAGACGGAGGAUGAAUGCUACCCUUACAGCAAGCACAUCUGCAACUUCUUUGACUUUGAUACCUUUGGAGGCCACAUCAAGUUUGCACUGGGGUUUAAGGCAGCACACCUGGAGGGCGUCGAGCUGAAGCAUAUGGGGCAGCAGCUGUUGGGUCAGUACCCAAUUCACUUCCACCUGGUUGGUGAUGUGGAUGAAAAGGGAGGCUACGACCCACCCACGUACGUCAGGGACCUCUCCAUCCACCACACAUUCUCUCGCUGCGUCACCGUCCACGGCUCCAAUGGCUUGUUGGUCAAGGACGUUGUGGGAUAUAACUCUUUGGGCCACUGCUUCUUCACGGAAGAUGGGCCAGAGGAACGCAACACCUUUGACCACUGUCUUGGCCUCCUUGUCAAGUCUGGAACCCUCCUCCCCUCUGACCGUGACAGCAAGAUGUGCAAGAUGAUCACAGAAGACUCCUAUCCGGGGUACAUCCCCAAGCCCAGGCAGGACUGCAACGCUGUGUCCACCUUCUGGAUAGCCAAUCCCAACAACAACCUCAUAAACUGCGCUGCUGCAGGAUCCGAGGAAACUGGAUUUUGGUUCAUUUUUCACCACGUCCCAACGGGCCCCUCAGUGGGAAUGUACUCCCCAGGUUACUCGGAGCACAUCCCACUGGGAAAAUUCCAUAACAACCGGGCACAUUCCAACUACCGGGCUGGCAUGAUCAUAGACAAUGGAGUCAAAACUACAGAGGCCUCUGCCAAGGACAAACGGCCCUUCCUCUCCAUCAUCUCUGCCAGAUACAGCCCUCACCAGGAUGCUGACCCACUGAAGCCUCGGGAGCCGGCCAUCAUCAAGCAUUUCACCGCCUACAAGAACCAGGACCACGGGGCCUGGCUGCGCGGUGGGGAUGUGUGGCUGGACAGCUGCCGGUUUGCUGACAAUGGCAUCGGCCUGACCCUGGCCAGUGGUGGAACCUUCCCGUAUGAUGAUGGCUCCAAGCAGGAGAUAAAGAACAGCCUGUUUGUUGGUGAGAGUGGCAACGUGGGGACAGAGAUGAUGGACAACAGGAUCUGGGGCCCAGGCGGCUUGGACCACAGUGGAAGGACCCUUCCUAUAGGCCAGAAUUUUCCAAUCCGAGGAAUUCAGUUCUACGAUGGCCCCAUCAACAUCCAGAACUGCACUUUCCGCAAGUUUGCAGCCCUGGAGGGCCGGCACACCAGCGCCCUGGCCUUCCGCCUGAACAAUGCCUGGCAGAGCUGCCCCCACAACAAUGUGACCAGUGUCGCCUUUGAGGACGUCCCGAUUACUUCCAGAGUGUUCUUCGGAGAGCCUGGGCCCUGGUUCAAUCAGCUGGACAUGGAUGGGGAUAAGACGUCGGUGUUCCACGACGUUGAUGGCUCCGUGUCCGAGUACCCGGGGUCCUACCUCACCAAGGAUGACAACUGGCUGGUCCGGCACCCAGACUGCAUCAACGUCCCGGACUGGAGAGGGGCCAUCUGCAGCGGGCGCUAUGCACAGAUGUACAUUCAGGCCUACAAGACCAGUAACCUGCGAAUGAAGAUCAUCAAGAAUGACUUCCCCAGCCACCCUCUCUACCUGGAGGGGGCUCUGACCAGGAGUACCCACUACCAGCAGUACCAGCCAGUCAUCACUCUGCAGAAGGGCUAUACCAUCCACUGGGACCAGACGGCCCCCACUGAGCUCACCAUCUGGCUCAUCAACUUCAACAAGGGCGACUGGAUCCGCGUGGGGCUCUGCUACCCGAGAGGCACCAGCUUUUCCAUCCUCUCAGAUGUUCACAAUCGCCUGCUGAAGCAAACGUCGAAGACAGGCACGUUCGUGAGGACCUUACAAAUGGACAAAGUGGAGCAGAGCCCUCCCGGCAGGAGCCACUACUAUUGGGAUGAGGACUCAGGGCUGCUGUUCCUGAAGCUGAAGGCUCAGAACGCGAGAGAGAAGUUUGCCUUCUGCUCUGUGAAAGGCUGUGAGAGAAUAAAGAUAAAAGCUGUGAUCCCGAAGAACGCAGGCGUCAGCGACUGCACGGCCACAGCCUACCCCAGGUUCGCCGAGAGGGCCGUGGUGGACGUGCCGAUGCCCAAGAAGCUCUUCGGGUCUCAGCUGAAGACGAAGGACCACUUCUUGGAGGUGAAGAUGGAGAGUUCCAAACAGCGCUUCUUCCACCUGCUGAAUGACUGUGCCUACAUUGAAGUGGAUGGGAAGAAGUACUCAGGCUCAGAAGACGGCAUCCAGGUGAUAGUGAUUGACGGGAGCCAAGGGCAUGUGGUGAGCCACGCGAGCUUCAGGAACGCCAUUCUGCAGGGCAUACCGUGGCAGGUCUUCAAUUACCUGGCAGCCAUCCCCGACAAUUCCAUAGUUCUCAUGGCAUCAAAGGGAAGAUACAUCUCCAGAGGCCCGUGGACCAGAGUGCUGGAGAAGCUCGGGGCAGACAAGGGUCUCAAGCUGAAAGAGAAAAUGGCAUUCAUUGGGUUCAAAGGCAGCUUCCGGCCCACCUGGGUGACUCUGGACACUGAUGACCACAAGGCCAAAAUCUUCCAAGUUGUGCCCAUCCCUGUGGUGAAGAAGAAGAAGUUGUAAGGAUGGCUGCCUCCUCGGUGCUGCCCCAUGGUGGACUAUGAUGUGGACUCUUGGCAGCAGACUAGGGCAGGAUGGCUGGUUCCCCUGGCCCCUGUCUAGCAGCUGCUGGAAGGGCCAUGUGUCAGUCCUGAUGGGCCAAGGGAAGGCUAUCAGAGACCCCUAGUGCUGCCAGCUGCCCCUACUCAAGUGUCUACCUGCAGCCCCAGGGGCGGUGUUGGCCGAUGCUGGAAACUUCUUUCCUGCAGCCUCUUGGGUGCUUCUCUCCUAUCCGUGCCUCUUCAGUGGGGGGUGUGGGGACCAUACGAGGAGACCCAGGCUGUGCUGGCACCAAGGUCCCCUUUGGCAGGAGUCCUGCUCCAGCUGAGAGGCAGCCUGGGGGGCUGGGUCAUUCACAGAUCCCCAUGCUCU